AUGACAGAAUCUCAACCAUGCCCGAGUGAGCCCCCUCCUCGUAUACUCGGUAAAGACACUGCACCGGGCACUAUAUCCGCUCCUUUUGCGACCCUCGGUCAAGCACAGAAGGCAGUGAGGAAAGUCAAUCGUCAAUUGGCAAGUGACCUGACCGUUCACGUCGCGGCAGGCACUUACUACCUUGAUAAGCCUCUCACCUUCACAUCGUCAGACUCUGGUUCCAACGGACACCGCAUCAUCUGGGAGGCGGAAACCACCAACGGCGGCGUCAAUCUCUCUGGUGGCAUCCGCCUCAAAGGCUGGACUCUGGCGAAUGCAUCUAUGAGCAUCUGGACGGCAAAAGUCCCUAAAGGCUUGCGCUCUAGACAUCUGUAUGUUUACCAGAAGCAUGCCCAACGGGCCCGACAGUCGCUGGACCGUAAGGCCCUGUCAGUCGGUACCAACGGAUACGAAAUCUCCAGCAACAGCAGCGCGAGUUUCCUCCUUACUACCAAGGGGAUAGAGGCUGGAGAGAUACGAGGCAUCAAUUCCUUUACAGACCGUUACAUUCCAAUCGACCAUGUUGACGGCUCAACGCUUGUGAUGGCGUCUCCCGCAUUCCAAAACAACAUCAUGGGUUGGGACACAAUUAAACAGCCUUUUGCGGACAAAGGCUUCUAUGUCGAGAAUGUUCUCGCUUUCUUGGACGAGGACAGGGAGUAUUUCCUGGAUUCAAAUGCUGGCAAGAUUUACUACAAACCUGAUGCUGGCACCAAGCCGACGCACCCGUCCGCGCUAUCACGUUCCAAGGAUUCAACUAUAUGCACACCACCUGGAACCUACCGUCUACGGACCUCGGUUACGCCGACCAACAAACAUGGAGGAUUUAUUGGUCUCAACAAAACUUACUCAGAGUUUGAGGCCUCGCGUCCCUUCUGGUAUCAAGUACAUGGAUCCGUUCAAGUUAGCGCAGCGUCUGACAUCAAAUUCACCAAUGGUAGCAUGGCUGCCAUCAUGGGCGGCUUUGGCAUCGGGAAUGAUGCUAACGCUCAUGUUAGCGGUGUAGGCCUGGGCACAUCAAACAUCGAGAUCAGCGGCAUGUACUUCACUCAAACUGGCGCGAAUUCCAUCACAGUUGGAGGCAUUAUGGCAGAUGCACACCACCCUUCUGAUCCGCGCAUGCUGAACCAGAAGAUUCUUGUGACAGAAAACAUCCUCAAAGACACUGCUCAGACUAUUACUUCUGCUGCUGGAAUUCUAGUCACAUACACAACCGGGACAGAGGUUUCUUCCAACGAUCUAUCGACACUGCCAUAUAGUGGUAUUGCUUGGGGCUAUGGCUGGGGCACUAAUGAUAAAGGUGGUGUUCCUGAGUACCAGACUCGGGGCCUUUACAAUUACCAGCCAGUUUACGACACACCGACUGUGAUGAAGCAAGGUCUUAUUGCGCAAAACCUUAUCCAUGAUUUUGGACGCAUGCAUACAGACUUGGCUGGCAUUUACACACUUUCGGCGAGUCCCGAUACCUAUAUCACUGGUAAUUGCAUUUUUACCGAUACGGAUCAGUCCAGUGGAACAGGUUGGUUCUUUUCUAUUGCCCCAGAUGCUCUUUUUCUUGUUGCUCUUCGUUUCUUCUUCCUUUUCUUUGACACGCCGAUACAUUCCAAGUAUGUUUCUGGGAACCUAUUGCUGACUUUUCUCUGCGUAGCCUACUACAACGACGAAGGCUCUCGAGAUUACCAAAUCCAAAAUUCAGUCGUGAAUGUCAAGGGAAAUGGCUAUGGUGGCGGUUCAGGCGGCGGGUAUUGGUGGCAGCCAAACGAGAGAGACAAUUACACGACUGGCAACAUCACCGUUUCUAAUGUCGCCGUUGCUUCUCCUGGUCCACUUCACUCUCUCGAAGAUCUUCAAGCUCCUUACGAUGAUAUUCUGCAACAAGCCGGCAUCCCCCCUUCACAGCGAUCAGCUCGACCGGUCAGCUUCACGUAUCCCCCUUCGAGCAGCUUAGCAGUAUGA